CGGAACCUUUGUGAGGCGGAACCAUGUGCCCUGUGGCGCUAGCCACUGGAAAGCUAUAUAUGUAGAGGACUAGCGGCACUUCUUGGGCUGAAGGUCGCUGCGGUUCCGGUCGGACAGCGCGCUUGGGAACUCUUCAGCUUCGGUUCCAGCUAUGCACCGACCGAAUUUUCGACCCCCGACUCCUCCUUACCCCGGACCGGGGGUAGGAGGCUGGGGUGGCGGAGGCAGCUUCCGGGGUGCCCUGGGAGGGGGGCCGCGGCCGCCCUCCCCUCGGGAUGGGUACGGGAGUCCGCACCACACUCCGCCUUGCGGGCCCCGGGCUAGGCUGUACGGGAGCGGCCACUCUCCGCGGCACGGCGGCGGCUUCUCGGGGGCCCGCUUCGGGUCUCCGUCCCCGGGCGGCUACCCGGGCUCCUACUCCAGGUCCCCCGCGGGGUCCCAGCAGCAAUUCGGCUACUCCCCAGGGCAGCAGCAGACCUACCCCCAGGGUUCUCCAAGGACAUCUACACCAUUUGGAUCAGGGCGUGGUAGAGAAAAAAGAAUAUCUAAUGAGUUGGAAAGUUAUUUCAAGCCUUCAAUGCUUGAAGAUCCUUGGGCUGGCCUAGAACCAGUAUCUGUAGUGGAUAUAAGCCAACAGUACAGCAAUACGCAAACAUUUACAGGCAAAAAAGGAAGAUACUUUUGUUAACAUUUCUGACAUUCAACUGGAAGCUUCAUGUGUCAGGACAUCUUGGACAGAACUCUUACGUAAAUAAGUUGAACCCAAAGAUGAUGACUGAAUAAUUAGUAGUAAGACCUUGGUAUUUCUUACCACAUCAAGUGUUGCUGAUAUUAGAGAUAGGACAAUUUGCAGUAUUUAGCUCUCUGGGAGUCUGUACCACAUUCAGAAGAUCACAGUUUCCAUAUUUAACAUUUCUCGUUAUAUAAUGGACACUUGUCUUUGAAUGUUUUUCCAAUGUUUUAAAAUAAAACAUUUUGUGUUUGCA